CCACAUGAGGGCUGGGCCUCGUUGGCUAAGGGGGACGGGCUGCCUUCCUACAGGAUAAGUAGGCAGAGAGAGAGAAUGAGGAGUGGCAGAGAGGGAACCUCCUUUGUCGAUUUAUAGGUCUUCCAUGCACACAUAAUACACACACACACACACACACACAUAGAUAGACACACAGAGACAGCAGGGGCCUCUCAGACAAAGUCAGGAUGUGACAUCACUCACAGGAAGAGAAGCCAAACAACUUUUUGACUCGUACUUUUUUGUCUGCGCUGCUGUGUCGCUGGCUUCUCAGUGAAGGAGCCUCGAGGUCUGUUGGUAGCUGGGAAGGAGGGAGUAUCUGUAGGAACCGGAGAGGGACACAUCUGCCUGGAUCGUUGUCCACAUUCCCAAGUCUUCCACAUUGGGAGCCCAGCCAGAGAGGGGUCCCUCCAUUCUCAAUCAUCCCCAAUGUAGAGGUCACUGCCCUCUGAAUAGAACAACUCCUCAGCGACCUGCAACCUAAACAAACGUAUGUUAGUAAAACCUGUCCAAUCCAUGCUCAGGAAGGCCAUACCAUAGAGUCCACCAUUAAGACAAUGGCGCUCUGUCUCGGACAAGUCUUCAGCAAAGACAAAACGUUUAGGCCUCGGAAGCGCUUUGAGCCUGGCACACAGCGGUUUGAGCUGUACAAGAAGGCCCAGGCCUCUCUGAAGUCAGGCCUGGACCUGAGGAAAGUGGUCCAGCUUCCCGAAGGAGAGAACAUCAACGACUGGAUCGCCGUGCACGUGGUGGACUUCUUCAACCGGAUCAACCUGAUCUACGGCACGGUCAGCGAGUUCUGCACCGAGCGCACCUGCCCCAUCAUGUCGGGGGGCCUGCGCUACGAGUACCGGUGGCAGGAUGGAGACGACUACAAGAAGCCCACCAAGCUGCCCGCCUUGAAGUACAUGAACCUUCUGAUGGACUGGAUAGAGACGAACAUCAACAACGAGAACAUCUUCCCCACGAGAGUAGGUGUUCCUUUCCCUAAGAACUUCCAGCAGGUGUGUAAGAAGAUCCUGAGCCGUCUCUUCCGGGUCUUUGUGCACGUCUACAUCCACCACUUUGACAGCAUCUGCAGCAUGGGCGCUGAGGCCCACAUCAAUACCUGCUACAAACACUACUAUUAUUUCAUCUCUGAGUUCAGCCUCAUCGAGCACUCUGAACUGGAGCCCCUGAGAGCAAUGACAGAGAAGAUCUGUAACUAAACCACUUGGACAAUGGAGUGUACAUUAUUUCAAAAAAUUCCACGGAGCCCUUCAAGAGACCCACUGCUUAAAUACCGUUCCAAACACUCAAACCAAAGGACAGUCGAAUGGAUUUUGAGUGGAUUUGAAGAACUUAAGUGUUAUCCAUCAAGCAUUAGAACAUUUAUUCACAUUUUCAGCCAAUAGGCUAUAUGUUUUAGGAAAAAGGACUGUUCUGCUUCCUAGAUUUUGUGCUGUGACAUGCAGCAUUUCAGUAUUUUGUGUUUUAUUUGAGUAACUGUUCUAGCUCUGUUUUACUAAGCAUGAAUAUGUUUUUCUUGUGCAUGUUCUUGACAUCAUUAACUUCCAAAAUGUGCUUGCGGUUUCGAGGUGUUUCAGCCAUUUUGUGAUGGACUGAAGGCGACAUCACAAGACCCCUCUCCAGUAUUUAGCAUUUUGUGACAAGUACGUGUCCAAUGUGUCCCAGCCAGAGGCAACAGAGUUAAGGACUUUGAAAAACAGACAUUUUGUGAGGUGUCUGGGUAAGUACAGGGUGACAACCGGAAGCAAUACUUGUGAAAUAUUGACUUCAUUUUCAUUUACCAAAACUAGUUCAACUGGGAUUACUCUGGGAGACUAAUCUGAUUGAAAUGUGUGACUGAUUCAUUUGCCAAGUGUUAGGACAAGUAAGUUCACCCACUACAAUUAGUGUUUUUGUUGCAUGCCCUGUUAAUUUGCAUUUUAUUAUUAAGGAAAUGUUUUAGCUGUGAUCAAACUAAAUAUCAGACAUAGGAUAUUUUCAUUCAGACGGUGACCAAUUCAAACCUGCCUCAUUGCUUUUGUAAAACCUUAAAGUAACUGUCCAGUGUUUCCAGAUUCCUAUGAAAUGAAUUACAAUAUGAGUGAAAUAUU